AGCUACUCUGUCCGAGUUUUUGACUUCACACACUCUUGCAUUUCAAAAAAUGUCGUCUUCUAAAGUCGCUGUGGUAAGCUAUUUACAUUAGUAUUGUACUAAAGUAGCAAGUUAGCCUGUAGAAGGGGCGUUUCUUGCGUUUUUUAGUCGAGUGGUGCUAAGGCAGGCUGGGCAGGGCAAGCGUGACUCAACUACGCCUAUGAGCAUGUUGUUCAUGCUGCUUGUCGAAGUAGUUAAUAUACUGCUGCCUCACAUCAUUUAUCAGCAACAGAGCACACUAUAAACAUAAACUGUUUCAUUCACAUAUUUGACUUAUAUGGCGUAAAAAGUAGGGUCUUACGUAUUAUGGUAGCCUGCUGUGGUAAUGCCGGGGGUAUUAUUUUUAGUAGCCUGUGUGGCAGGUGCAAAAAGGGGAAGGGGAGGGGGAGGGAGAAAAACACGAAAGAAGGGAAAGGGAAGGGAGCGCCUGCUAUAAGAGCCGGUGUUUUUGUAAUCCGCCCACCAUUUUCUCAACUAAUCCGAUAAUGUCACUGUCAAUACGUGACCAAUCACAAGUACGGGGCUUCUCAGCAUGGUCCGAACUUAAUUACUUUGUUUACCGGAAAUCGUCAAGUUGAGACGCUUUUUUCAAGUGAUAUCAUAAUCGAGCGAAAUGAAACAUUUUUACUGUUCUUGCUCCCGCAGCAAACAUGACAAACAUAGACUACGACCAGUCUCUCAUUUUUUUACUGUUCGCAGUCUACCACAAACAAUGAUCAGUUUCGUGUGAAUACACAAGACCUUUUAUCUUACAACCUCAUCAAGCACCGUGAUGGUCACAAAGAACAGAACAUUGGCCAGCCUGAGACGCGAAUAAUGAAAGUAACGGAGAAAUUAUAAACAAUUGUCAAGACGCUCAACGGAUAGUUUUUACCAAAGCUUCAGCUCUCUCUUUGCAAAUCAUCUAAAACUCCAUUCAAGACGGUAUAUGUUUUUGCGGAAUAGGGGGUCUUUUGAAUAUCGACAUUGCAGAUGUCUGGCAAGAAUCGCAAUCGCUUUGAAUCGCUGCUCAGUGUAUGGACAAAUCCAGUAUACAAAACCUCCUGAGCAUCUCUUCCUGCUAAACAAGCUGUUACAAUUGGUUUUAGUUCGGGUUUUAACGUGAAGUUGCUACAUGAUUGGAGUAAUUUUGAUCUUCCAAAGCUUAUGCCAGUAGAACACAUUUUCUUGAUGCUUUCGUCAUGUCUGUCGCUCACACUAAUACACGCCAGGAUACACGCCAAUAAGUUACUCAUUACGGCUCAGCCAAUCAGGAAUUUGUGGACGCCAGCGUCCGCAGAAAUGAACAGAAGGGAGUUCUUAUAGCAGGUGUCCCUUCCCCUUUCUCCCCAAUCCCCCUUCCCUUUUUCCCUUUCUCCCUAUCCCCUACCCCUUUCGACGCCUGCCACGCAGGCUAUAUUUUUAUGUAUCAUUUAUUAAUGACAGACAAAAGGUCAGAAAGAUCAAAAUAAUGUAAAUGUCAUGAAUCCACUAUAAAGUUGUUAUUUGGCUGCAGCUUGUGUAGUACAGAAGAGCACAAAACUUUACGAUUGUUACAUAAUAGACCAGGGGAAAAAAAACUCGAACCCAUGGUUACCCGGGUGGGUGAAGGGAGUGUAGAAAGAUGUAAACAGCAUUAUUAACACAUGAUUUUAAGUCUGCUGCAGCUUGUUAGACUAUUUGUGUACUCAAAAUGUCAUAACAAAGUCUAAAAAUAGUAGAGUAAACAAACCUCAAAUGAUUAUGUUGGGAAAAAUUCAUGGAGGUACCAUUUAGCAAAUCCAGACAAAUAUACUUGUUAGAAUAUAGUUCAAGUUCUUUUUUGUUUAUUUUCUAUAAGGUGACAGGAGCUAACAAAGGAAUUGGAUACGCAAUAGUUAAGAAGCUUUGCAAAGAGUUUUCAGGGACUGUUAUUCUUACAGGUAAUUUUGGUGAUUUAUUUACUGUACUGUAUAUUGUGAUGCAGUUUACUAAAACAUGCUAUAACCAGUUUGAGGAUAAGUUGCUGGUUUUGAAAACUUUAGUGUGUGCUUUGGGACUGGCACAAUCAAACCUCCUAUAACUAGUAAGCUACCACCCUAAGCGUGGAGACUGGUUACUUCGAGAGGUGGUUGCUUACAAGAAUCAAACUACAGGAGGUCUUUUGUGAGUGAAAGUCUUGACAUAUCCACAUUUGUACUCUUUUGAAGAGAAUUUUUUGUAUGCAGUUUUCAAGUUAUGAUAUUGGUAGUUACAUUUUCUCACUAAAAGUUGUUUGUAUAUUUUGAGUAUCUUAGCAUGUAAAGCUAACGUACAGAUCAGACCAUGUGUCAAGUGGUUGCUUAUGAGAGGUUAAAAACAAUGAACAAAUUAUAUAAUUGUCAUCUCAAAGAGUGGUUGCAGUGGCUUACAAGAAGUUCCAACUAUAGGUCUAGUUUGACUGUGAACAUUUUGGCAUUUGGGACUGGUGGUUGCAGGUGGAGGUUGGACUGUAUUAAUGUUUGUGACAACUUCUUCUCUGGAAACUCUCUCUCUUGCAAUGAAGCACACUUGGAUGGGAACAAGUCUCUUUUGGCCUAGGGAGGGAGUUGAUCUUGACUAACUCUGACGGGCAGGGUUUCAAGUGGAACUGUUAUACUGUAAGCAAAAGCAAAUUAAAAACUAUGCAUAAGUAGUGUCGAAGUUGGCUUUGGACCGAAAAAAGGAACAGUUGACUAUUUACAAGUGUGGUGGAGGAUUUCAACUUGAAGCUGUUGUAUUAGAAGCAAACACAGUUGGCUGUCAGGGUGGGACUUGAAAUUCAGACCUCCCAUUGAACGUUCAGGGCUCUCGACCAAAUGGUGCCUCCAUCAAAAAAAAUAUACUUGCAUGUAACCAAGGUUCCCUUUGUAUAGCAAAAUAAAAGGAUUGCUACUUUCAAUAAAACAAUAUUAUUUAAAGUCAAUGUUUUUGGCUUUUCUUCAUGUCUUAUAGCAAGAGAUGAGCAAAGAGGUCAAGAAGCUGUGAAAAGCUUGAACAAAGAAGGCUGCUCACCAAAGUUCCAUCAGCUGGAUAUUAUAUCUUUAGAAAGCAUCCAGAAGUUUAAAACAUUCAUUGAACAAGAGUAUGGGGGCAUAGAUAUCCUUAUCAAUAAUGCAGGAAUUGCUUACAAGGUUAUUUUUUCCUUUUAUUUUGUUGAUUUACUUACUUGGACAACUGAAUUUUAAAGUAGGCUUGUAACCACUAGGUCAGAUUCAUUGACUUGUGAUAAACAUAAGAGAUUACUCUUGUUGAGUUGAGAAGUUUUUUUUAUAUUGUGAAACCUUAGCAAAGAUGAGACGUGGUGACUAAUGAGUGGUUAAUUUGUUGGAACUGAGACAAUCUAAUGAUCCUUUACAAAAACUAUUGUUGUACCUGGUCUGCUCUCUUCACCCAACUGGAUAAAUCAGUGUGUUGGUAACAUGCUGUUGGAGGUGACUUUCUCAUGGACAAAAGUUUCCUGUGAGAGGGCAGGGUGGGGGACAAAAGCAUUCUCCUGGCUGCUUCAUCAGUGCUUACAGAAAUCAGUGUAACCUCCUGGCUUAUAGUUUGCAUUAAUCUCUUGCUAUAUUUACAGUGUUCUCCUUAAAUUUUAGCUCAGGAGGUAAGGAACCAUUCAUGGCCAGUAAGGCCAAAAAUGCCCCAGAGACUGCACUUUCCUGUGGGGAGGGGGUUAGUGGAGAGAGGGGCAUGGCCCUGCACUCGCUUGGAAAUUUAGGAGUUAAGUUCUCUGAAAUGUUGUUCCCUCAUUUCAAGACCUAUUUUACCCAAAUCAGCCGUUGUUAUCUUUAGACAACAAUUUAAAACAUUUGAUUCCAAUAAUUUUACUCUGUCUUCAAUGUUCUCUUUUCAACAUGUGUGGCCCAUGAAAAGAAAAGCUAAUACAAUAUUUGAUUUUAGUAAACCUUCAAACAGUUUUAGGUGGUAAGAAGUGUUGCUUUGGGUGGUAAAUUUUACUGUUUACCACCUGAUAAGGAGAACACUCUAUUUACAUAGUGAACACCCAGUAAUCCUUGUACUGUGAAUGUCAGCUUUAUACAGAUAUCACUGUCAAAGUAGUAACAAUUUAAAUGUGCAAAAUUCUUGCUUCCAGAUGGCCUCAACAGCAUCUUUUACAGAGCAAGCUGAGGUAACGUUACGGACAAAUUUCCAAGGGACCCUUGACAUCUGCCGUGCAUUGUUCCCACUCUUAAGGCCACAAGCAAGGUUAGAAUAUUAUUGAUCUUAGCACAAUCCUAGCAAUAUUAUUUCAUUGAUAUACCGGUACCUUAAUUGCUCAAAUAAGCACCCACGUGCUUUUUUGAAGCUCCUGGGUACUUGUUUGAGAGCAGAGAGUAGCUUAAUCUAGCUAGGUGCUUAUUUACACUUGUUCAGAUUUAUCUAUACAGUAAUAUAGACGGUGAUCACAAUCUUGAGCUUAAAUAUUGACCUACAUGUAUUUGAAAACUUACAAAUUAAGAAGUCUUGGUCACCUCAAUCUGCACCAGUGCAAAUGAAAUCAACAGGACUUUUGUGGAUGUUUGAAAGCUCAAAUUGGAAGUUUUCAAAUAUGCUUAAGUUUUAAGCUCAAGGUUGUGAUCGAACAAAUGUAGGGUCUUGUUUGGUUUUUACAUGACACUUUUUUUACGCUAAAUCAUCAUAAUAUUAUUUGAUAUAAUUUCAUGGUAAACAUCUGUAACAACAGGGGAGAACUCUGGCAAUGAGGUUGCAUCUGAGGCACAAAAUUAAGUCCACAGAGAUAACUGGAACUGAUUAUCAACUGUCGUUCUCCAAAAUCAGUGCCUGAGACAAAGUUUGAAACAAUGAACGUAAGAAAAGAUAGCAGCCUUUCCUUGUGAUAAUUUAUCAAAUUCAGAUGACAAGAUAUCCUCAAAAUUUGCUAAAGCAAGGCUAGAGGAGAGUGAAGGUGCAUAUUUGCUAGUUUGGUUCAGUUGGAUUGAGCAGCUAUUCAGUGGGGAGGGUGCUUUAAAUUUGUGAAAAAAAAAAACAUUUAUGUUUUGAUUGAUUGUUUGUUCACAGGGUGGUGAAUGUAUCAUCGAUGGCCAGUCGCCUAUCUCAGGUGUCAGAAGAACUGCGAAAGAAGUUCAGAGAUCCAGAGCUGACAGAGGAAGCUCUUAUUUCUCUUCUGGAACAGUUUGUCAAGUAAGCUUUUAUUCUCUUUACUCCUUGUUUGUUUUACUCUUGCUUUGAAUUUCAAAUAUUGACCACUACAGAAAAUACCAUAACAUACCAUAAUGCUUUUGCAUUUAUAAGCAUUGUUUACAGUUUCUCUUGGGGCCACCUAGCUAAAAGUUUGGUCCCAAAACUCUGAAAUGGUGGCCAUUUUGGUGUCCUAAACCAGUCCUGUAGGAGUUGAACUUCAAUCAUUUUCAUAUGAAUAUCACCCUAAUUGGGUUUUGUUGUACUCUUGUUUACCAGAGAUGUGAAAGAUGGUGUUCAUCAAACCAAGGGAUGGUCAAAUAGUGGUAAGGACAAUAAUAAUGACAAUGAUAAUAGUGAGCUUUUUAUAUAUUAUUGUAUAUUACGUCACUUUGGCAUUUACUCUCAUUCAUCCAAAGGGUGAGGAUUAAUGCAAGUAUAAAGGUGAACAUUUUUCACCCUGACGCAAGGGUUACAAACCUAAGAGUUCAAGAGAAAUCUCAUAUUUCAUGUUGUAAAUAAACAAACAAACAAACAAAUUGACCAUGUGAAAGAAAGUUAAGUACUUAGUAAACAUUUGAUAAUAUAAAUUGUUCGUUGGAGAAGCCCAAGCAUGCUCCAUAAUUAGGAAGAUUCCAUUACAAUGGAUUUAUUAUUUUAAAAGUUCAAUCUAUCAGUAAUAGAUUCUUUCACAGUUUUCAGGUUUUGGUAAGGGCCAGUUAAUAAAAAGAAUGCCUUAAAAUUAAUAGUUAACUUGCCAAGUGUGAAAUUAACCCUUUGAUGCAAGAUAUGGUUCACAAAGUCAUGAAAAUUAUAUAUACAGACUUUACAAACUUUUUUUUUUAUAUAUAUAAAUUUAAUCUUUAUUUUAAUAAAGAAAGAGUUAUUAAAAUCACUCCACAAACAGUACAAUGUAAUUAACCAAUAAUUAACAACAGUAGUUGACACUAAUUACAAUAAUUACACUAAUAACACUAGUUACAUUAAGCGAAUAAAAAAAAACGAAAAAUAGAACUAAAUAAAUAAUGAAAAAUAAAAUAAAUAAAAAUAAAUAAAUAAAUAAAUAACAAGACUUUACAAACUUGCCCCCUACCAUACAAACGUGUUUAUGAUUUUAUGAUUAUACAAACUUUGCAAACUUGCUUAUUACCCACCAUACAAACAUCUUCUUGAUUCCAUGAAUUUACAGAGCUAUUAUACCAUCUCUAUUAGUUUCCAGGCAGUUAUUCUCAAAUUCAGCAACUGUACUGACACUGUUCCAGCAGUGUUGACAGACUUUUACUAUUAAUUUAUGUCAAAGGUUGAAAAAACUGUGGAAGGGUGUGUAGAUUUUAGAUUCAGCUCUGCAUUCCAGCAUUCAUAAUGAGCUGUGAAUUCACAUGGUUAUAGCCUCCCACGCAGACAUUCUUAAGGCUUCAUCAUGCUGUCCUUCCCCAUGUUCGUCGGGGAGGAUUGCAUGACAAGCCAAAAAGAAAGUCUGCGUGAGAGGCAAGAUUACUGUAAAUCCUCUAUUAAGCUCCUCGGGGGCUUAUUUAUGUCAAGAAAAGACAUAUGGUAUCAGUUCUCCAUUAAGAACUAGAAUACAAAGUGGAAAAGCUCAAGUACAAGAAGGUUGGAGGUCAUGCGGCUGAGGAUCAGAAUCAAAUCUGAAGUUGGUAAAUAAACCAUCCAGGAUCAGUGCACACGAAGUUUUACAGUUGUGAAUGAAUAGGGAACCAUCCCGGAUCAUUGGUUUAAUUAGCAAAACAACAACACACAGUUUCUUUCCCAUUUUCGUCUUGAUUGAAAAUGCCUCUUUCAUUUUUAUGGAGGACAUAAACAAGCACCAACUAAAUUUUAUUCCUCUUUCUGAGCUUGAAAUUGGUCCCUUGAAAUUCAGCUUCAGGAGGGUUCGCCUACAAUUGACAAAGUAAGUGGGUAGGAAUAAUCGCUAUAAAGACUGAAAGAACACAAAUGCACUUUUUAAACGACGUUCUUGUCGCCGUUGCGUUGUUGGAUCUUAAAGUCCCUAUUGUCUAUCAUUAUUAGUGAAGAAUAAUUAGGGAAGGGGAGGGAGGGCUUAAUAGAGGAUCUACAGUAGCUAUGAAUUGAAAUUUCUGCUAGCUCAGUUUUCUUUUUCUUAUAGCAUAUGGCACCUCAAAAAUUGGUGUAACAGCCUUGAGUAAGAUCCAGGCAAGAGCAUUGUCCAAGGAUCCUAGAGAAGACAUCCUAUUAAAUGCUGUGAGUCAGUUAUUUGUUAAUAAAAUGGGCAUUUAGAGAUGCAUUUCCUAAGGCUGGGUCCAUGAUCUAAAUCUAUCUAAAAUCAUUAAAAAGCCUUAAGAGAUCUUAAAAGCCCUAAAUGUAGCACUGUAAAAUGCUGCUUGUAAGCCCUGGGCUAGCUUAUACAUUUUUGUAAGGUGUUUUAGUAGGCUUAUAGGUAAACAGAUGGGCAUAUAUGUUGUGGUUCAGUUUUAUCCUUGGUUUAAAUUUUGUUUUCUUUUGUUUUGGGGUAUGGUAAUGUAUGAUAAUGAGUUUGAAACAAAAAGAAAAUAAAAUUUUAAAGCAACAAUAAAAUUGAACCACAACAUAUAUUCAAAGAGGCUUAUAGCUUACUAGAAUAGAAAAAGUUCUCCGAAACAAGUUGUACCAGUGCUGAUCAUCGUGCUGAUCAAAAUACCUUUUGCAUUUAGUGGUUUUUAGUUAAUUUUCAAAAUGUCGUAUUAAAUCGAAUUCAAGUCAAUACAUUCAGAUGUGCAUUUAUAUAAGGAGAGGGGGGUUAUAAUCGAAUGUAUGUUUUGUUUACAAGUGGAUGGGCCUGUAACCUUGGGGGGGGGGGGGGGGGGGGGCUUAUCAGUUUUGCACCGUCUAACCUCCAUCUGCAACCACCUCUCAUAAGCAGCCACAUCCCAUAAGCGGCCACUUAUCCAAAACACCAAUCAAAGUCUUACAGUUGAAACCUCUUGUAAACAACAACCUCCUGAAAGUGCCUGCAGCCACUUUCCAGGGCUGAUAAUUUUCUAAUUUUCUAAUUUUCUAUCAUCAGUUAUUAACCUCUUGUAAGCGACCACUCUAUACAUGGUCUAAUCUCUCUGUUCACUGUGUGUGCUAUGCUACUCAAAGUUUGUGAAGAUCUUUUAGUAACUGCACAUGUCCAAAUUUAGAAAUUGCAUGGAAUAAAAAUAAUAAUGUUCAUGUAUUAAAGUGACCGCUAAGUCUUUACAUUUCGGGUGGUCACUCACACGAGGUUAGACUGUUCACAGUCGUCUAUUUUUUCAUAAAAUCCUCAGCAUCAAGCACUUACCGAUAUGGGCAGCUAUCUUGGUUUCAUAUGUAUCCAGGGGCCGUCACCCAGCUAGGCUUUGAACAUUAUUUUGAAACCAAGGUUGCUGCCUGUAACUCAAUUCUCGGAAAAAUAGGGGACUGUGAAUAGUCUAGUGGGAGGUUUGACUGUAUUAUUUUCUUAUUUCCUGCUGGAUAGUGUUGUCCUGGCUGGGUACGUACAGACAUGGCUGGCCCAAGGGCAACUAAAUCACCAGAUGAAGGUUAGAAUCGUUUUCAAGUGUCUCUGUCACACUUAAACUUGUAUGAUAGGUGUAAUAAUAACUAUUUUUUGUUGCAGUUCCUUGUAUAAUUAUGUUACAGGUCAAAUUUGAUUUCAGGUUAAAUUUUUUUUACCUACCGGUAAGCUGAUUCUCAAUUUGAGAAUCAACUGAGGUUAAAUCAAAAUUAACCUGAAAUCAAAUUUAACCUGUAACAAUACAUAUAUAAAUAAUCAACAUAACUGUCAUUCUGGGAUGUCAUCUAUAUCCCACAAUUUUGUGCCUCAUUCACACCUGUAAAACAUGUUUAACUAAACCUGAGUAAAGUUUCACAACGUGAAAACCAUUAACAUAGAACUGGAACGUGUAUUAAAGUUUUCUGAAUGAGAGAAAUUUAGGUUUACAAGUUUUUAUGUCUUUGCCAGAGCUGAAGUUAACAUAUUCAGUCAGGAAACUGAAAGACUGGCUUUUAUAGAAGAGUUAAGUAAGGAAUUGCAAAAAAUCUUUGGAAAGUUUUGAAGCCUUUGACAAUGUUUGGAAAAUAAAGAAGAUACUUGAAAUAAAAUUGAACUUAAGACGGAAUCCAUCAGGAAAUUGAGCAAUGUUAAAAAACCUCACGCCAGAUUCACAUUCUUUUUUACACUUUUGGAGGGCUAUAAAUGUCAUGAGUUAUAUGAAAGAAUUCCAAAGAACAGGUUCCUAUGGAGGGCUCGAAAUUAAUUUUUUGGCUAACUAGCCUUUCAGGUUAGUGGGCAUAAAUUUUACUGACCAAGCUAUAAAGUUUAUUAUCCAAGAAUAUGUUCUUGAAAUAACAAUAUUUUGACUGUUGAAAGUAGUGCUGAUAAAUGGGGCAAAGUAAUGUAUGGAUGGAUUGGUUCAAAUUACAUGAUGAUCUGCAAAACGAAAUAAUAUAGAAGAUUUAGUGAUCAUUUACACUUUCCUUUCAAUUACGUUCCACAAGGGCGGGAAAUUCACCAUGAACAGUGCAAAACGUUGUUUGUUCUUUAGACUCAUCAAACUGCACCCAGGUGAAUGCCUUUUUCGAUUCUUGGUGGAAAGUUCUUUCUUUCUUCAUACGUCCUCCGCGUGUGCAGGGAACCUUCUAUAGUGUUUGAAAUACAGCUGUGUCUUCCCAUCCAACAAAGCCUGGUUACCUUGAGUUCCGUGAAAUGAGCGUUUUAUGUUGUUCGAUUAUGCUGUAAGCAUAUCUUUUAGAACAAUAAAUUGAUCCAGAUAGAACACAGUGUUAAGCAAAAAAAGGAAACGGGUGUAAGAUUUUCGCUUACAGGACGUUUCGUACCCACGCGUUUCGUACCCAGUCGAUUCGUACCCAAAGUUGAGAUGAUUCGUACCCAACCCUACGAUGAUUCGUACCCAAACCUUAGAUGAUUCGUACCCAUGCAAUAACCAAGUCUUUAUGUUGUAAACAGUGUGUUUUCAUAGUUUAAGUUAAGGCUUUCACUAAAACAAAGGAUCGAAACCGCAGAACUAACCACAAGACAGGACGUACUGGUGGAGAUUGUGGGACGAAACAUAUGUGUUUGUUUACGUCCGAAUUUGCUACAUGUCUGAACGUCGACUAAUCGAAGACUAUUUGAAGAGCGAUAGCAUAAGAAGAAUACGACAAGGUUAGUGACACAAACCCAGCCGAACACAAAGUUAAAGAAAAAGUGACGUGAAAGAGUGACUUACAGAAUUCGCAUGUUUGUGAAAAGCGCAGUAAUAUAUUUUAAAGGAAAUCCUUACUGAUACUUAUUACAAGCGGGGACAUGUGAGUUGUCCGAGUGACACCCGCCCCUUGAAAAACAUAAUCAAGAAAUAAUGACUUAUUACAUGCUGGGACAUAUCAGUUGUCCGAGUGACAGCCGCCCCUUCAUUAAACAUAAUCAAGAAAUAAUAUAUAAUAUAUAUAAUAUAUUAUAUACUGAUUAUUUCUUAAAGUUUUAAACUAGUCAAUUUUGCUUAACCUACUUACUGGAUUUGCGAUUUCAUAUGUACUGUAUUUUUGAGAUUUCUAAUGAUAUACUGAUUAUUAAAAAUACCUUAACAUUAUCUACAAUAUCCAAUGAUGAUCACUGGCCUAUUGGCCUUUCAGUAUCGGCGCCGCUCACGCGUCACGAGUCUACGCAAAGAAAGUGAGCGGUUGUUAUAAUUUGAUCUAACUCGCGCGUAGGUAACGAGUCCUUCUGAUUUAUAUAAAUGUUUAUUUUAGAUUGUUUUGAUAGAGAUAUGAUAAAAAAUGUUUUAUUAUCGAUAGAGAUAUGAUAAAAAUGUUUUAUUAUCGAUAGAGAUAUGAUAAAAAAUGUUUUAUUAUCGAUAGAGAUAUGAUAAAAAAUGUUUUAUUAUCAAAAAGGCAGUUGGGUACGAAUCAUCUAAGGUUUGGGUACGAAUCAUCUUAGCGUUGGGUACGAAUCAUCUCAACUUUGGGUACGAAUCGUCUGGGUACGAAACGUCCGUGGGUACGAAACGUCCGGAUUCCAGAUUUUCAAUGACAGAAAUUUUUACUAACCUUGGCGUGGAUAGUAAGGCUCAUUUUUAGUAACCAAACGUAAGAAUCUACUAACCAUUGGUUAACGAGUUACCGUUAUUUUCGAGCCCUGCCAUGGGAACUCGAGCAAAUAAACUUCAAAAGCUUCAAAUUUCACAAAAGGAAAUCUUACCUCUGUUUUCUCAAUUCCUGUGAAAUUUGAAAUUUAUUUUUUUUCGGGCUCCCGUAAAGAACCUUUCCUUGGAGUUAUUUCACAUAAUUUAUUACAUUUAUAGCCGUUAAAAAGUGUAAAAAAGAAUCAACCUCAAAGGGAAAAGCGCCCUGGGGACGAGGUUGAAAAAGAAUGCGAUAUGGCCUAAAAUAUUCUGGUACAAGGUUUUUGUCCACUGAAAAUUAAAAUUACUUAGUUUCCUGAUGGAUUCCGUAGUAAACCCUUUGGCCAGAAUUUGGACAAUUGUAAAAAAAUGGUAGUUGAUAAUCUCCGAAAAAGUAGCUGAGUUUGACAAAGGUAUUAAAUUUCUUUGCUCCUUUUCAUAUCUAUAUCGGGUUGAUCAUCGUAUUAUUUGCUUCAUCAGUAAUCUUGGAUUUCAAAUUUUAUUUUUUAGGAGCAGAAACUCCAGUUUACUUGGCUUUAUUACCACCAAAUGCGGGAACACCCCAUGGAGAGUUUGUUUCAGAAAAAAAGGUGCAGAAUUGGUAACCCUGUGCUGGGCCACUGACAGUUCAGCAGUGGAUAUCCUGUGUGGUUUCAGCUGACGGAUAUGCAGAUUAUAUUGCAACAACAAAACUCAAUAAUUUUUUGUGAUAAAUUACUUAGUGCAUUGUAUUAGGAAAUAUUCAAUAUACAGUCGAAUCUCCAUGAACACCUCUCGUUAGCGACCCAGGGGCACCCAACGAGAAUAUAGUUCAAAACCACUAAAACAUAGCAUUGUUAAACGUAUUUUGGUAUUUAAACAGUAGAUAUAAGCAUAUUUUUAUGCCCUAAAAAUGUUUCAUCUGUUCGGAUUUCCUAGCUGAAAGUCUAGUGAUCCGAAAAUUAUAGGGAUCAAAACUUACCUUUUCGAAAAUUUCAGCCAGAAGAAAGGCUCCCGAAAAUUCUAGGUGACCUUUUUAGAGUAAAAAUCCGUUAAAAAUAUGCAAUUAUACCAUAUUUUAGAUGUUCGAAAAUCCUAGGAGAAGCAGGCAAGCUAGAAAUUUUACAACAAAUGUUCCGAAAAUUCUAGCUCUCAAAUCGUCUUUCGAACAGAUAUUUUCCGAAAAUUGUCGUCGGGUGCCCCUGGCGACCAUCUAUCCAAAAUACCAAACUUUUUGCUGUCAAAUCCCUAUAAUCACGAACACCCCUUAUAAGCAACCGCGACCAAUUUUCGUCCUGACGGAUAUAUUUUCCAUUGUUUUUAGCCUCUUUUAAGCGAUCACUUGACGCAUGAUGUGAUCUCUGUCAUGGAACUAUACUUAUACGUACCUUAGAAAUUGCGUGCAAUAACUGAUUAUCUUUAAAAAAAUAAGAUGCGUGGGGACCUCUUCUUGGAAGAGACCCCCUGUUUGUCGAUUCUCGCAAGCGACCACCUCCUGUAAGCGACCUGCUACAUCUUCGCAUUUUGGGUGGUCGCUUACUGGAGUUAGUUAGACUGUACUAGAGAUAUUCUGUCAAUAGGUCAGAGGCUAUUAAUGUGUGGCGAAAGACCAUUAAUCUGUGACGAAAGAAAUCGAGUAGGGACACUGUUAUGUGCUUGAUACGAAAGUGCCAAAAAGUAGUUGUGGCUCACUUCUUGCUAUCUAAUUCAGUUUGUCACUCGUUUCCAAAGACUUUAAAAAAGUACAAAACUACAUAACUGUGCUAAAGCUUAGUUUACAAUACAAGAAACUGUUAGCAUUAAUUUCUUAAUUCUCCUUCCUCUAUGCAAGGCAAAGUCGCGUUUAAUACCUUAGGCACUAGAGGGUUUCGCACGUGAAAAGUCUCUGGCACUUAGGUUACGUUUAGUAGAAUUUUGUCCAUAUUUUACCUACAACAACAGUUUUUCAAUUUGAAAAUAAUUUACUCUUAUGUUACCCACAAUCAGCGGAGCUGUUAAUAACAGUCUUCUAGAAAUAAUUACAUAGUUCAAAAGUCGGAAAAAAAGGAAAUUGAAUAAAGAGGAAGCAAAAAAUAGGUAGAACAUUUAGAAAUAAUAGUAGUAGAUGGUAAAACUUAAAAAGUACGAUGGUAAAGAGAACUAUAUGGACGUAAGGAAGGAGAACAGUUUAACUGAGUAAGGAGUUCAGGUAGGAACUGGUUAUGGCACUAGCCUAACAAGCACGCUAUAACUGACUUAGCUAGGUUUCUACUCCUACUUUUGCCUGUUCAACUUAAAUAAAUUGUCUUGAACACCACAUUACAAUUAACUAUGGAGUGCAAUAUGGAUCACUGAACUUUCUCUACGAGUCUCCUUUGUACACGUCAGAUAUUAAAAAUCAACGACAC